AUGGGUGCAUGGAAACUGAUUGAUGUCACAGGCGCCAUCGGCACAACGUAUCUGGGUCUUCCUCGCAGAGCACUGGUGUGUGAAGCGGUCUCAAGUGAUGGCUGGAUUCUGAGAAAUAAACGCAGCAGGAAGUUCCAGUCUUUAUACAAUCAGAUACUCGCGAAGCCGGUCCCUGAUGCAGAUAGGGGAGAUGAUCUGGUUUUAUGGAAGCAAGGAGAGGAUGAUUUCCAAGACAGGUUCUCUACUGCAAACACUUGGGAGCAUAUUAGGCCAAAGAAGCCGAAGGUAGCUUGGUAUAAGGUCGUCUGGUUCGCACAGAGCACACCUCGGUACGCCUUUAUCACUUGGCUAGCAGUACAAAACCGGCUUUCUACUGGAGACAGGAUGAGGAGUUGGGAUAUUACGCAGGAGUGUGGACUGUGUGGAGAAAGGGAUGAGACAAGAGAUCAUCUCUUCUUUGCAUGUCCCUACUCUUUCACUGUUUGGGAAGGUCUGGUGAGAGGAUUCUUUGGCCGAAGGACUAACCCUGACUGGUCUAUUACGCUUAAUGCAAUCAAACGCGAGAGGGUAAAUAGACUUGACUCCAUUCUAAGAAAUCUGAUCUUCCAAACAGUCAUUUAUCAUAUUUGGAGAGAAAGAAAUUCCAUGCGGCAUCAGUGCAAAUGGACGUCUACAAACCAUAUGCAAAAGGUUAUUGAUAGAUCGAUGAGAAACAGAAUAGUGUCGCUGAAGUAUGGUCUGCAGCAUAGAAUUGAUGGACUUUUACAACGAUGGUUUGAGCUCACGGGUUAG